UUCAAGGUUUCUAGCAAAAAGAACAUAAAUUGGUUCAGAAUGGGACAAGAGGAAAUUCUUCAGCGUAUUCAAGAGAAUAACAAAAGAGGUGAAGAACUUGUCAAGUUUAUACAAAGUGAGCUGUCAUUGCUUAAAAAUGCUGCUGCUGAAAAAUUCUGCAAAAAUUUGGAAGCUGAACUAAGAGAAAAAAAUUUACAGCUGAAAAAGGAAUUGGAAUAUUGGAAAAACAAAGUAGUAGAAUUAGAAAUUAUGAAUGGCAUAGCACAGUACACACUUCCAACUGAUAUAAGGAAGAUAAAUAUUGUAGGAAGUGAUAUCCAAAAUAUAAAGAAUGAAGAGAUACAAAAGAUUAAUAAACCAGACAAUAAAACUAGCCUUCAAGUUGAAGCUAAGAAUGAUGUAGCUGAAGGAGCUAAUGAUGAUAAAAAAUUGAAGAAAGCAAAAGCAGCUAAGCCAGAAAAGCAGUCAGCAACACCUAAAUCUGAAAAACAACCAACUGAAGAUAAAGAAAUAAAUGUAAGCCGUUUGGAUCUUCGCAUUGGGCGUAUUCUGACAGCAAAAAAACAUCCGGAUGCAGAGAGCUUGUAUGUGGAAGAAAUAGAUGUAGGAGAAGAAAAACCAAGAACAGUUGUUUCUGGAUUAGUUAAAUAUGUGCCACUAGAAGAAAUGCAAAAUCGCUUAGUUGUAGUUCUUUGUAAUUUGAAGCCUGCAAAGAUGAGGGGUAUUACAUCAGAAGCAAUGGUAAUGUGUGCUUCAACUCCAGAUAAAGUAGAAAUUUUGUGCCCUCCUGCAGAUAGUGUACCUGGUGAUCGUGUUCUAUGUGAUGAAUAUCCUGGGGAACCAGAUCCUAUUCUUCCACCAAAGAAAAAAAUUUUUGAGCAAGUUGCCCCAGAUCUUAAAACAGAUGCAAACUGCAUUGCUACUUAUAAAUCAUGCUCUUUAAAAGUAGCUGAUAAGGGAGAAAUAAAAGCUGCUACAUUAGCAGGUGUACAAAUAAAAUAGUAUACUAAAUAAAUUUUCAUUGCCAACUUUU